AUGAUGGUGCACCGUGUGUUUGGUGUUGUGAUAUGUGUGAUUCUAUUGAUACAAUCCCUGGUCAGUGGAUCAUCGUAUACAGAUAGUUGGAUCGGAAGGAAUACUCAAUUUGGUGACCUUUCCUCAUCGGCGGCAGAGAAUUUUGCCAAAAAUCUCUAUCCAGAGCGUUUGCAUGUGCAGAGUCCAGUGGAAGAACCAAUCCAGAAUCGUGCUGAAAGUGGACAAAAUUUAAUUUCCAGCAAUUUUCUCGGUGGAAUUAUGCGGAUGAUGGGUCUGGAUAGUGGAAAAUUGGGAGCCCUCGUUAUCAAUGGAAUUAUCUUCAUUGCUCAAAUGGUAAAGAGUGCAACAAGAUAUUUAACAACAAUUACUAAGGACUGGAAGAUUGGCAAGAGUUUAGCCGCAAGAAUGUUCUCAGCAGCAACACCUUUAAAUGAUCCUCCUACAGCUGCUCCAAUGAGUAAUUUUCAUGGACCUGUGGAAGAUUCUGAAGCAUCUGAGUCGAACAAUCGGCGGCAUGAGUAUCGAUCAACUGAAGAGCCCAAGGUUAGCGAAGCCACGGAUGAGAGUGCUCGAUCAGGUUCACCACUGGAUUGGAUCUUAACUAAUUCCUCACCACAUUUGAACAAACUCAUGAUCGAUGCCCGUGAUCGGAACCUACCUCAAAAACUGGUACAGCUUGUUACAGGUGGACAGAGCCGUUGGACUGAGGGAGAGUGCAUCUUGCGAUUGCUCUGCAAGACUUCACCUUUCGUGUGGGCUAUGCAGAAGGCCAUUGGCGAGAGGAUUGAUGGUACAGAUCAGGAAGAAAAUAGACAAGACAGUGGUUUCCUAGAGACAAUUAUGAGGCAUCUUCCAGAUACAAAUGAAGUUCAUUUACACGGAGAUGCGUGCGAAGAUAGAUAUCCCAACUGCAAAGUUUACACUUGAGACUUCUCCAUAGAAUUUCCUCUCCACUAAAUCUUAAUGCUCCUAUUCAUUAUACUGUUUGUUUGCACAGUCUAUUGCUCGAAUUACUUCUCUCUAUAUAGCUUUUUUAUGACAAACAAAAUACAGAUGCUAUUUCUCCCAUUAUCUUGUCUUUUUUUCUCGCUUCGAGUCACCUUGUGCAAGAGUAACUGCUAUAUGCAUCAGGUUAAUUAAUUUGAAUUUCCUAAUGGGACGGGAUUUCAGGUAAAAUGUGUAGGGCCAAGUGGGGCAGUUAGGAUAAAUUUAUUUCCCCAUGGUACAUUUUGAUUGCAUCA